ACUGACAGUUCGACAAUUUUGUGACAGCUGACAGCAGACAAUAGCGGUGAUAGAAAUUGGAGUGGUGAAAUAGGUGGAUAAGGAAAGGAUAAAGAAAUUUAACAUUUUUUUUAGUUUUCUGCUACAUAGUUUUUGUAAUUAAUGAUAUAAUCAUAAAUUGAAUAAAACAAUGGCGGAUAAAGCCUCUCCAGAUGAGGGAAAUAAUGUUCCCCUGACAGAUAGUUCUCUGGUUGUUGAUAUUUCAGAUGCAUUAAGUGAAAAAGAUAAAGUGAAAUUUACUGUCCAUACUCGCACUAGCAUGAAAAAUUUUCAGAAACCAGAGUUUUUGGUAGUACGGCAACACGAAGAAUUUAUUUGGCUUCAUGAUCGUUAUGAGGAGGAACCCAAAUAUGCAGGGUACAUUAUACCACCUCCACCACCCCGUCCAAAUUUUGAUGCUUCCCGUGAAAAAUUGCAGCGCCUUGGAGAAGGUGAAGGAACCAUGACAAAGGAAGAAUUUAAUAAAAUGAAACAAGAGCUUGAGGCUGAAUAUUUAGCAACAUUUAAGAAGACUGUAGCUAUGCAUGAAGUUUUUCUAACUCGGUUGGCUAGCCACUCGGUUUUUAGAGAAGAUCCUCAUCUGCACGUAUUUUUAGAAUAUGAUCAGGAUUUAUGUGCACGACCUAAAGGCAAACUGCAACAAUUAGGUGGUUUAAUUAAAUCUGUUGGUAGUACAACUGAUCAAUACUAUCUGAAUGCGACUGUUAGAGACGUAAAUGACUUCUUCGAACAGCAAAUGAAUUCCUUGACAGAAUAUCAUGGUCACCUCAAAGAAGCCACAUCUCGUACUGACAAGAUGACUGAGAAACAUAAAGAACUUGCUGAUAGUUAUAUAAAAAUCUCAGGAAGUUUAUUGCAAUUGGCUAAUAGUGAUAAUGGACAUUUAGAUAAAUUUUUAUCUAAAGUGGCAGACACAUUUGAAAAAGCUCGAAAAAUUGAAAGCAGAGUUGCUAGUGAUCAGGAUUUAAAACUAGCGGAUACUCUUCGCUACUAUAUGCGAGACAGUCAAGCGGCGAGAGCUUUACUCGUUAGACGUUUGAAAUGUUUAGCAAACUACGAAAAUGCCAACCGAGCCCUUGAGAAAGCCAGGCACAAAAACAAAGACAUCCAUGCGGCUGAAGCUGCCCAAUCAGCUGCUUGUGAGCAGUUUGAGGCAAUUUCAACACAGGCAAAAGAAGAAUUAUUAGAUUUCAAAACAAGACGUCUGCAUGCGUUUAGAAAAAGUUUAAUAGAGUUGGCCGAACUGGAAAUAAAGCAUGCUUUCUCUCAACAAGAUCUGCUAAGAAAAUCAAUACAAAGUUUGAAAGAGUUACUUUAAUUUCAGUGAUAUAUUUGAAAUGUUUAUAUUUUUUUAAUUUACUAUGUAUUUUCAUACAUUCCUCUAUCAAUUUUUAUAUCAAGGAAUGUGUUAUCUUUACCAGUCUAAAAAAAAUGUAUUGUUUUGGUUACUUCAUAUAUUAUAUUGCAAAUAUAUAUAUGAGAUA